AGGGAGGGAAGGAGGGAGGGAGGAAAGGAGGGAGGGAGGCAGCCCCGGCCGAGGCCGGCGGCAGCGGCGGUCCCGGGAGCGGCGCCGCGCUCCCCCUGCGCUGCCGGGGAUAAAGAGCGGGGAAGGAGGGGGCUGCUCCAGCGAGGCAACGGCGCGAUCGCGGCCGAGCAUCCCUCCCUCCGCCUCCCCAGCGCGGCUGGCGCCCAGCGGCGGGGCUCGCCGGGACCUGCGCUCGGGGAAGCUUCGUCCCGCUCUCCAUCCUCCUCCUCGCCCGGGGACGGGGCGCGCCCGGCCGAGGGCUUUCCUCGGGGGAGCGGAGGGCAGCGGCACCCCGGCCGGGCAGCAUGCGAGCCCCCCGGGGCCGGCGGAGCGCGGGUCGGGGCUAAGCAACCGCCCGGGGACUGGGGUGGGGGGGGGGGCGGGGGGUCUCGCCCCGCGGAGCGGCGCCGGGGGGGUCCCGGGGCGGCCGCCGGGGCUCGGGUAGGCGGUCGGUGUCGGGGAGCGCCGGGAGGUCCCGGGGGUGCCCGGGGCGUGCCGAGCCCCCCGGUGCCGGCGGGGCGGGGGGGUCGGGGGGGGCGCGGAGCGGGAGCGGCCCCGCAGCAUGUGAGCGGGGCGGGGGGCUCGGCCGGCGGCUGAGGGGCAGGGCCGCCCCGCUGCCCCCCGCGGGGCCCGGCGGCGGCGGGGCCCGGCAUGCCGCGCUGCCGGAACCGCUGCCCGGCGGAGAGCUCGGUGCCGGCCGCCCGCGGCGGCUCCCCCCGCCGCUCGGGGCCGCUGCCGGCCGCGGCGCGGGGAGCGGCGGGACCCGGCAUGGCGCGGCGCGGCUCGCCCUGAGCCCGGGCCGGCGGCGGGGAGCGCCCAUGGCGCGGGGGCGCCGGGCGCCGCCGCUGCGCACAGGGCUGCCCCCGGGGCCGCCCCCGCGGCUGCCCCCGGGGCCGCACCCCGGGCCGCACCCCCGGCUGCACGGGCUGCGGCACAUGUGCUCGCGGCGGGCGGCGCUGCCGCGGCGGGCGCUGUGGGUGCUGGCCUUCUGCACCUCCCUGGGUUUGCUGCUCUCCUGGUCCUCCAACCGCCUGCUGCACUGGCUCUCCUUCCCCUCGCACACCCAGGUGCGCACCGAGUGGAGCCGCCAGCUGCCCUUCCCCGCCGUCACCCUCUGCAACAACAACCCGCUCCGCUUCCCGCGGCUCUCCAAGGGCGAUCUGUACUACGCGGGGCACUGGCUGGGCUUGCUGCUGCCCAACCGCACCGCCCGCCCGCUGCUCACCGAGCUGCUGCGCGGAGACGAGGCGCGGCUCCGCUGGUUCGCCAAACUGGCCGAUUUUCGUCUCUUUUUGCCCCCCCGGCACUACGAGGGCAUCAGCGCCGACUUCAUGGACCGCCUGGGUCACCAGCUGGAGGACAUGCUGCUCUCCUGCAAGUACCGCGGCGAGCUCUGCGGGCCCCACAACUUCUCCGCGGUGUUUACAAAAUAUGGGAAGUGCUACAUGUUUAACUCAGGAGAAGAAGGACGGCCUCUUCUUACCACGGUUAAGGGUGGGACAGGCAAUGGACUGGAAAUCAUGCUAGACAUACAGCAGGAUGAAUAUUUGCCAAUAUGGGGAGAAACAGAGGAGACGACGUUCGAGGCUGGAGUCAAAGUCCAGAUCCACAGCCAGUCUGAGCCACCUUUUGUCCAGGAGCUGGGGUUCGGGGUGGCUCCUGGAUUCCAGACCUUUGUAGCCACCCAGGAGCAAAGGCUGACGUACCUGCCUCCGCCGUGGGGUGAAUGUCGCUCGUCGGAUAUGGGCUUAGACUUCUUUCCCGUUUACAGUAUCACGGCUUGCAGGAUCGACUGCGAGACCCGGUAUAUUGUGGAAAACUGCAACUGCAAAAUGGUUCACAUGCCAGGAGAUGCUCCCUUCUGUACCCCGGAGCAGUACAAGGAAUGUGCAGAGCCUGCACUCGGUUUGCUUGCUGAAAAGGACAGCAAUUACUGCAUCUGCAGGACACCCUGCAACCUUACCAGAUACAACAAAGAGCUCUCCAUGGUCAAGAUCCCCAGCAAAACCUCGGCCAAGUACCUGGAGAAGAAGUUCAACAAGUCAGAAAAAUAUAUCUCAGAGAAUAUUCUUGUGCUGGACAUAUUUUUUGAAGCACUCAACUAUGAGACAAUUGAGCAGAAGAAAGCCUAUGAGGUGGCAGCCUUACUGGGUGACAUUGGAGGCCAGAUGGGGCUAUUUAUCGGUGCUAGCAUCCUCACUAUACUAGAGCUCUUCGAUUAUAUAUACGAGCUGAUCAAGGAGAAAUUAUUAGACCUACUCGGAAAGGAGGAAGAGGAGGGGAGCCAUGAUGAGAACAUGAGCACUUGCGACCCCAUGCCAAAUCAUUCGGAAACCAUCAGCCACACUGUGAAUGUGCCACUGCAGGCCACCCUGGGAACGCUGGAGGAGAUCGCCUGCUGACACCGUCCGACCGCUCCACAGUGCCAACACCUAAGGAAGGAAAACUGCACGGGAAAGCAGGGACCGAGCUCAGGUUUGCAACGGGGAAAAAAAAAAAAAGGAAGAAAAUCGCUAUGCAUUUAAAAAAAAUAUAUAUAUAUAUAUAUUAUAUAUAUAUACUCUGCCAAAACCAAGCGAGAGGCACCUUGGACUUGACUUGUGUUGUCCUUUCCUGUGGGGGGGUUGUCUUCAAGAUGUGAAGGCAGCAGCUCAUUUUUGAACUGUACAAAACAGAGACCACCACCACCAAAACCAAAACCGAGGCCCUGCCAUUUCACAUACUGCCAAAUGUAUAAAGCACUUGCAUGCCAGUUCUUUUUAUGGCAAUAUAUUCCUAUCUGUCUUUAUAAGCUCUGUUCCUCUUUACAGUCUCUGAUUUUCACUACAAGAAGGAACUCGCGGGCCCAGCCAUCCCCUGAAAUCACCAUUACUAACGUCGUAGGCUGAAUUAGAAUAAAGAAACAAAAAGUCGCAGCUCUUGGAUUCUUCUUACGUUCUUGUCCUUCGUGUCAGUCUGUGAUGAAUUUAAGCUAAGCCGGGUCCCCCAAGGCCGGGCCACCGCCGGGGCUCCGCAGCGCUACCAGUCACCCCAAGGUGAGCAUCCCUGGAGAGGGGCCGGACCGGUGGCUCUCGGUGGAUCGUCCCCCUCCCCGGCUGCUGUGUCGUGCUCCUCUGUCUGCAGUGCCUGGAUAGUCCAUCUGCGGCAGGUGGGCACGGGGCAGUGGGUUUCUUUAUAUAUUUUUUAAUUUUUUUUUAAAUAUUUUUUAAUUUUUUCCCAUUAAUGGAUUCUGUGCUUUCUCCUCGUUCUCAUGACUGAUAUUAAAGCUGGUCUUGUGGAAA